AUGGACUUCCCCUUCAAUAGUCUUCCAGCAAAAGAUGAAGAGGAAUUUUGCAACCUAGUUAAGCGCCCUCGUCGCGUCUCCAAAACACCCCAUCCCCACAAAACGUCCAAAACAACAACUACGUCUGGCCCAACGUCUUUGAAGCCACAACACCGACAGCGACGAGAAACUACAAAGCGCCGCGAACCGUACGUUUCCUUCGGCGACCAGGGCACAACGGCGAGCGCGGGCGCGUAUGGCUCUCUGCUACGUAUCUGUCGCCCUGUGAACAAUGGCUCACGCGAUCCUCCCAAAUCUGGCAUGAUCGGAUUGGAAUCCACCGACACAGAGUCUUGGUUUAUUUCUGGGCGCGCGACUGAGUUUCUGGAAAAUGCCCAGGACGUCACCAAUGGGUUUGGUCUGAGGGUCCAGAACGAUUUAUCUUCUGACCCGCCGACGGUGAAGUUUCUGGAUGGCCGCUGGCCGGUCAUCUCUUAUCGCACCAAGGAAGGCUUUUUGGUCACUAACCCGGAGCUGAAGCUUCAAAUGGAUCCGAAUUUCUCCAUGCAAGAUCUGGACUACCUCAAGAGGAAGGACAACCUCCGGACACAGUACUAUAAAGGGAUCCAUGACCAUGGAAUCAUUGUCAUACAAGAUCUGCCAGAGCUCAGCAGCAAUGAGGAAAGGCUUUACGACAACCGAGAACAUAUCUGUGUGCUGAUAGGCUUGUUCAGGGAAGGAGUCGCGCAAGAGCUUCAAUGGAAUGUCAUCAAAGAGGAAAGAGCGACACACCCAAGGGUCAAACCUAUCCCCAUCACACACCCUUUGGGCCAGGAUGAGUCAGUUGAAUUCACUGCAGCGUUCAAGCUGCACACGAUCACAUUUGGAGCAGACUGGAGAAAAUUCCUGAUUUCAAGCAAGGAUAUUGUUUUCGAUCCCCAGACUGCCACAUUGGCUGAUUCGGCAGCGUUGUUUACUACAGAUCCGAAUUUGAGUUGGCAUCUCUGUCGCAACCUUGAACAUAUUAUGUCCGUCUGCAGUAUUCCGCUCGACAUCGCUGGAUUUGAUGGAAAGGAUUCAGCAUCAGUUGACAACUUGAAGAAUGAUGGCCCGACAAUUGCAUUGACUUCUCCUGAUGGUCAAUCUAAUAUCCUUUCCCGGAGAGCACCAAAAUCGAGACCAAUAAGACCAAUAGCGCUGACCUGCGGUGACUUCGGAGACCACCGAGUCAGUGUGUCCGGAAGCUACUUUGCAUUCAUGUUCAUGUUGAAAAUGCACGGCCGCCUGUCUGACGCCCCAGAAGUACGUCAACGAAUAUACGAGAUAUGCACGGGUCAUCUUCAGUGGGUAUCACGUUUGGGUGCCAGAGCAGCUUUCUCCUCCAACAUUUGGGUUGACGGUAGAGAGGCGGACCAGUCAGAUGCAACAGAUCUUCCAGCCAAUAGCCCAGUGAACAUGCCAAGCCACAUCAUCAAGGCAACCGAGUACUUGAAGGUGUUCCAAAACACUUGUGAUUUAGUGUUCGUCUGUCGCUGGCUACGUGAAUUUGCCCUAAAAUGGUUUGGCCAGUUGGUCAAAACUAAAAAUCAUCUCACGCCAACCUGGCAGCACUCAGCCGAAUCGGAUAUUCCCAAAUACCGUCUGAGUGAUCAAGUCUGGAUCUGGAAAGCAUUGAAGAACAUUGAGGAUCUUGUCAGUCGAGUUGAAACGGUGCAGAAGGAUACAUAUAACGAGACGCUGGAGAAGUUCUUACAUAUUAAAGACCAUCUCUACUCCCGUGGAGUUCGGAAAACAAAGGCGGGCACGGAGCUGGACUUUACCGCAGACGGAAUGCGCAAACAGAAUCUCCGUCGCUUCACCCUAUUCAAUGAUGUGGUUAGAAGCCAUAUGCUUAGUGUAACACGCAGUGCACGUGAGACUCGCUUUUUGCUUCACGACAGAGACACCGUCCUCUAUUAUGGGCUGGAGUGGAGGUUCUUUGACGGCGAAGAAAAGGGUUGGAAGCGGCUCGUACAAAAUCAGACUGAGCAUGACAAAGACUGCAAUGAUGAAUCUCAGUGGGAUAGUCCGCUCCGGUAUGGGUUGGCGAUUGAAAUGGCCAACCAAAACCACCAGUUCGACCGCGACUUUCCGGCUUCCGACAUAUCCAUGCCAAGACGGUCAUCAUGA